AUGGAAAUGGGGGAUGAAUCGGCUCCUUUACCUUCUAAUCCUAGUAGAAUUUCUGUUUUUGAGAGACUUUCUUCUCUCGAAAAUGCUUCAAGUGGCAAAGAUAAGUUAAAUUUUGCGAAAGCGGUGGGAAGUUCAAUUGCCACAGACCUCAACUUUUAUCCCUUGCCUGAUAAAAAGGACGUAAAUGUGAAGAUACCUAUUGAAAUGGCUAAGGAAGCUGCUAAAGCGUAUAAUUCGGUAUUGUAUGGUUAUUUUCGGGGCCCUCGUAUCCCUUUUCCCUUAGUGAAGAACUUUGUCAGAACGGCAUGGGGAAAGUAUGGUUUCAAUUAUGCAAUGUUAAAUGAGAAUGGGAUCUUCUUUUUCAAGUUUAAUGAUGUAGGAGGGUGUGAUCAGGCAAUUGAAGCUGGGCCAUUAAUGAUAAGGGGUAUCCCUCUUUUUGUCCAUCGUUGGGAUCCCUCUAAAGGAUUGAGGAAACCUGAACACUCCUCUUGUCCGUUGUGGGUGAAAUUGCACAACAUACCUCUAGUUGCUUUCAAUAGAGAGGGUGUUAGUCGUAUAGCGAGUGUAUUGGGAGUCCCCAAGCAGAUGGAUUCUUGCACUGCUGCCAUGUGUGAGAAGGCUUGGGGUCGGCCCGGGUUUGCCAAAGUGUUGGUUGAGGUCUGGGCUAUUGGGGAACCAAAAAGGAAAAUUGAGGUUGAAAUUCCAGACCUUAAUGGUGGGGAUACUGACAGUGUACAAAUACAGGUUGAAUACUUGUGGGAGCCGGUUCAAUGCUCACAUUGCCAAAUAUUUGGUCACAAAACCUCGUCCUGUGCAAAAGCCGCAAGUCUCAAUAAAGGGAAGCAUGUCGAUGUGAGAAAAGGUUCAGAAAGGUUUAUUAGAGUGGAGAAAAAACAAUGGUGUGCUAAAUCAGGAGGAAAGCCCAAUACAUCUGGUACCCGACAAGUAAAUGAGAAUGACAAGGUUGGCCCUCAUGCUUCGUCCUUGGUAGUGAAUACUUCACGACGUGAACAGGAAAAGGAAAGGAAUAUGAGUACCUCUGAUGUAGACCCGGUUGUUCACCAUAGAAAAAAUGAAAGGAAUGCUUCUUGUGAUUCAGGUAUGAAUGCAGGUGCUGGGGCCUCUUCUUCCCAGUCUUCCCAAUCUACUCAUUCUAUGACUACAUCUACUCCUCUUAUUUCUUCUGUGAUAAAAAACUUUCGUUUGCCUCGAAGGGGGGGUUAUGAACCUGUGGAAGCUUCUAACAGAUUUGGAGUUCUUAAAAUGUUAGGGGGAGAGGAUUCUCAAUUGGAUUCUCAUGAUGGUGUUGGAAAAAAUACUGUUGUGCAAAAUGUAGAUGAGGAUAAUCGAGAAUCGCAUGUGUUUAAAGAAUCCCUAGAUAGUGUUUGCCCUAAUUCUUUUGGUCGAUGGUAUUGGAUGUCUAAUCAAGCUAUGUGUGAGGCUGGAACUCGUAUUAUCUUAGCAUGGGAUUCAAGUGUUUUAGACAUUAUGGUCCUGGAGGCCCAUAGUCAAUUCCUAAAUUGUAAGGUAUUUUUUCGGGGUGCUCAAGAUUAUAUCUACCUCUCCCUGGUUUAUGGGGCUAAUGUUUAUGGGGCUAAUGUUUGUCCGUGGGUUGUAAUGGGGGACUUCAAUACUAUGUUAUUUCCACAUGAUGGGUUUGGUGGGUCUUCUCGCUGUAACACGGACAUGUCAGACUUUUUUAUGUGCGUUGAGGAUGCUGAAAUUUUUGAUCUACAAUACACUGGUGUCCAUUUUACCUGGAACCAAAAGCCAAACUCAAAAGGGGGUAUCAUGCGAAAACUCGAUAGGGCUAUGGCUAAUUCGGAGUUCACAUCUAAAUUCCAUGAUGCCAGUGUACAGGUUCAUCCUUCGGACCAUUCGCCGGUGGUCUUAUCUUUCAAAGGUGGUGCUCGGACAAGGAGGUAUGGUUUCAAAUUCGACAAUUUCUUGACAGACCACCCAGUUUUUUUACAAAUUGUUAAGAACGAAUGGGCUAAACAUAUUGAGGGCACUUUUAUGUUUCGCGUAACUUCCCACUUGAAGGCUCUCAAGACCCCGCUCUGCAAGCUUCGAAAUUCUUAUGGUAAUCUUGGUCAACGUAUCUCUUUUUUGAAGACUGAAUUAGAUCGCAUUCAAAUGGAUGUAGAUAAAGACCCUUCUAAUGACGAGUUAGGUCUUGAACUGGGUCAUAUUCGUAUAGCGUAUCAGAAUGCUUGUUGGGAUGAGGAAUAUGCUGCUAAGCAACGUGGCAAAAUUAAUUGGUUGAAUGAAGGUGAUAUGAAUACCAAAUUCUUCCAUAAGGUGAUCAAAGAAAGGAAUUACUCCAAUUCCAUUCAUUCGGUCUGUACUAGUGGUGGUGAUUACUUCUUCGGUGAAGAUGUCCCGAAAGUGUUCGUUGAUCAUUAUAAAGAUUUCUUGGGUACGACGUAUGUUUCCCCCGAUUCGUCCAUGCCUGAAGAUAUCUUCACGAGAAAGCUCUCUUUAUCGGAAGCUAACUACAUGAUCCGGCCGAUUCUAAAUAAUGAAAUUAAAAAUGCUAUGUUUAGCAUUGGUAAUUAUAAAGCUCCAGGAUCUGAUGGAUUUUCUUCAAAGUUUUUCAAGGCUAUGUGGGAUAUUGUUGGACGUGAUGUGCAGAUUGCUAUCCAUAAUUUCUUUUAUCGAGGGUUACGGAUUACCGGCCUAUUGCUUGCUAUACUUUACAAAUAUAUUAGUAAAGUCAUUGUAAACAGAAUGAAGGGAUCUUUGGAUUCCUUAAUUGAUAAAGCCCAAUCGGCUUUUAUUCCGGGUAGGAGGAUUACGGAUAAUAUUCUUAUGGCACAUGAGCUCGUUUCUGGGUAUCAGUCGUCAUCAGGGCCACCUAGACGUGCGUUCAAAAUUGAUAUCAAAAAGGCUUAUGAUACUGUGGACUGGCGCUUCCUUAUUGUUAUGCUUCAAGGUUUAGGUUUCCAUCCGGGCUUAGGGUUUCACCCGGUUCUGAUUAAGUGGAUUAGGGAAAUGGUGUCCACUACUUCCUACUCGCUUGCAAUUAAUGGUGAAUCUUAUGGGUUUUUUCAUGGUGGAAGGGGUCUUCGGCAAGGUGAUCCGUUAUCUCCAUAUUUAUUCACGAUUAUUAUGGAGGGUUUUUCUAUGCUCCUUAAGACUUGUAUCAGGGAGGCUUCUGAUUUUGAGUACCAUCGCGGUUGUGAGGAGUUGGGUAUCACUCAUCUAUGUUUUGCUGAUGAUUUAUUUGUAUUUACUAAAGGUGAUGUUCAUUCGGUGGAGGUUCUUAAAAAAGCUCUCUCUCUCUUUCAACAUCGUUCAGGUUUGGAGCCAAGUCUUGAAAAGAGCGAAAUUUAUUUUGGUAAUGUGCCCCAUUCUAUUAGAGAGGCCAUUCUGGUCUGCCUUCCAUUUAAGCUUGGCACUUUUCCUUCUAUGUUUCUCUCGUUCGGAGGACGUAGGCAACUUAUUAUAGCGGUCUUACAAUCGCUUCAAUUGCAUUGGCUGUAUGUUUUCCUUUUUCCGUCGGGUGUAAUUCAUGAUAUUGAAUCGAUCUUUCGUAAAUUUUUAUGGGCUCCAAGGGAUGAUCCUCUAGAAUCGGGGGGUCUUGGUAUUAAACGGUUGGUGACUUGGAACAGGGCUUUACUUGCUAAACAUGUGUGGGAUAUUGUUCGCCAUCAUAAUUCUUUGUGGGUUCGGUGGAUUUAUAGUCAUAAUCUUAGAACCAAUCACUUCUGGUUGGUACGGAAAAAUUCUACUUGGUCGUGGGUUUUCCGUAAACUAUUAGACAUAAGGCUUCAUGUGCGACAGUACUUUGUGUCUCAAAUUGGUGAUGGUACGGAUACUAAUGCUUGGGAGGAUUCUUGGCUUCCUUGUGGUCCUCUUUCGGCUUUUAUGACUUAUCGGUUUAUCUAUUCUUGUGGUUUUUCUCCUGCUACUACGGUUCGUGAGCUUGUCAUGAGAUUGAAUGGAGUUAGGCCUGAUGAUUGGUGUGCCAGGUUUGAUGUGCUUAAUUCUUCUCCAUUAAAUGAUUCGCUUCUGGAUCAUGUUCUUUGGGGGGAUGAUUUUACUUCUUGUUCGAGAUUUGAAGUUCGAAAUGCUUGGGCAUCGUUGGAUGGUUCUUAUCCGGUUGUACCUUGGUAUAAAUUGGUGUGGUUUUCUGGUCAUAUUCCUAAACAUGCUUUUUGUUUAUGGCUUGCUUGCCAGCAACGUCUUCCUACUCAAGACCAUUUACUUUGGAAGGAUGAACCUCCUGACCUAGAGUGUUCGUUUUGCGGUCAGAGUGUGGAUAUCCAUGCACAUUUAUUUUUCCAGUGUACUUUUGCUCGUGAAGUCUGGGGCAACGUCUUACGUAUUGUUGAUUUGACUACUAUGCCUUAUGUGUGGGAUCAAAUUUUGGAAGCUCUUUUGGAUUCUAAUCAUCGUCCAAAGCGAUUAAAUCAGAAACAUGCGGUAGCGGCUUCGGUUUAUUUCAUUUGGCAGGAACGGAAUAGAAGACUUUUUUCUGGGGAUCGUCGGAAUACUGAGCAGAUUAUUCAAGCCAUUGUUCAGACUCUUGAAAUUCGUGUGGCUUGGUUGGAGAAACGGUUGUUGGGCAAUACUGGUUGA